UUUUGCGGAAAUGGCCACGAAGACUACAACGCCGCGAAGGAUCGUUUUUGUGCAUCCGGACUUGGGAAUCGGUGGUGCGGAGCGCUUGGUGAUUGAUGCUGCAGUGGGAUUGCAGUCUCGGGGACACCAAGUCACUAUCCUCACCUCAUAUCGCGAUCCCAACCACUGCUUUGAGGAAGCCCGUGAUGGCACUCUCGAUGUCCGGGUGCGCGGCGACAGCCUCUUCCCUACUUCCAUCGCCGGACGCUUCAGCAUUCUCUGUACCAUCCUGCGCCAACUAUCGCUCGUGGCCAGCACUGGACUCGCUUCUUCUGAGCUCCAGGAGCUGGAUCCGGAUGUCUUGAUCGUGGACCAAUUGAGCGCGUGCAUACCUUUCUUCCGGCUCAUAUACCCCAAGGCCAAAGUGCUGUUCUACGGACAUUUCCCAGACCAGCUACUGGUGCAGCAGGAGCGCGGCAUCAAGCAAAAGCUCAAGUCCCUCUAUCGAAUCCCAUUUGAUGCGUUCGAAGCCUGGAGUACAGGCUGUGCCGACAGCAUUGUCGUCAACAGCAAGUUCACUAGAAGCAUCUUCAAAACCACGUUGCCGGGCGUCAAAUCCAGGGAACUGAAAGUUAUCUACCCUUGUGUAGAUACGAGCGCUGCGAAAGAGGAUAGCGGCAACAGUCCCAUAUGGCCCGACAGCAAGCUGCUCCUCAGCAUCAACCGAUUCGAGGGCAAGAAGAUGUUGGAUCUGGCCAUCAAAGCGUUUGCGGGACUGGCGCCCGAGGACCGCAGCAAAGCGAAAUUAGUUCUGGCAGGCGGCUACGAUCCACGCAACGCUGAGAACGCCCUCACUCAUAAAAAGCUCCAAGAGCUCUCCACUCUGCUGAAGCUCACCCACGCAACGUUCCGAGCUAACGACCCGGCACUCACCGACCUUUCCACCGCAGACGUCGACGUCUUGUUCCUCCUAUCCAUCUCCAACGAGCUCAAGACACGCCUCCUCUCCUCUGCCAGCCUCCUGAUCUACACGCCCACCAACGAGCAUUUUGGCAUUGUACCCCUCGAAGCCAUGCUGGCAGGAGUUCCCGUCCUCGCGACCAACACCGGCGGGCCCCUCGAGACCAUCUACGAUGGACGCACCGGUUGGCUGCGAAGUCCCGAUAAAGUCGAGGAGUGGACAAAAGUCAUGCAGAAGCCUCUGAUUCCCUCGAGUACAGACAAACUGCGCGCAAUGGGACGAAGCGGCCGCGAGCAAGUUCUGGCCCAAUUCAGCAGGACGAAAAUGGCCGCGUCCUUUGACGACGAGGUGCAACGAAUGUUGCAAACUGAGGCUCCACGGCCAACAAUCUUCUUUCACAUCUCCUAUCUCUUGAUGAUAGGCCUGUUGGCUAUGAUUGUGGCCAUGGGAGCAAUUCUCUACAAAGCAUCGUUCGCGUGAGUGAAUGAAACGUCGUAGUAGAUAGUGAGCUGGGUCAAAUAGACAUGUAUUAUCUCUUCAAAUGAAACGAAGGGUUAUU